AUGAGAGACUUAUAUCCUCAUUUAAUGUUAUAUCUGUUUAUUGCUGUUGGUGUUUUUGUUAUCUCUUCAUUGCUUGUUAUUGGUAGCUCAAUUUUCGCAUUUGUUACUCAACCUAAAUAUUAUCUUAUGGACGGUUCAUCCUUAUUAAAAAUCAGAGAAUUCUUUUUUAUAUCAGCAAUGACUGGAAGUGUAGUAAUGUUAGUGAUAGUGAGUAUUCUUCUGUGUUUAUAUCCUAUUAAGAAAAUUCGUUAUAGUUAUGCAUUAAUUUUCUUAAUAGGAUGUAUAUUUUUUGUAGCAAUCUUCUUGUCAUCUUUUGCUGCUUUUCAAGAGCCACAAAAAAUAAAGGCAUUAAGUUCAGAUGAAAAAGUAUUUAAUGAAAACAAAAAUUCUUGUUGUUUUGAAGAUAGUUCGCUCAACUCUUGUGGAUGUCCAAAACAAAAUAAAUCUGAAUGUCCUGUUUGUAUUGAAGAUAUUAAUGAUAUUCCAUUCUUUAUUGCGUUUUUAUCAAAUGCAAUCUGUUCAUGUACUCUAUUCUCAGGCAUUUAUUUAAGUUGUUUAUAUUAUUACAGAAAGAUCAAAAACGGAGCAGAAAGACAUAAUUUAUCAAAGACACAAUAUUUAAAAACCAAGUUUGCUAAGUGUUUUUCAAAGAAAUCUUCAUUAGAACAACAAACAUUAAUUUAG